AUGGCGCCGCAUACCAAAGCCGCCAUUAUUGGCUCCGGCCCCGCUGCCCACACCGCAGCCAUAUAUCUCUCACGAGCAGAGCUUAAGCCCGUGAUGUAUGAGGGCAUGCUAGCAGGAGGGACGGCGGCCGGCGGUCAACUCACAACCACCACCGAUGUUGAGAACUACCCGGGCUUCCCCCAAGGCAUUGGAGGUGGAGAAUUGAUGGACGAGAUGAAAAAGCAGUCCGAAAGAUUUGGCACCGAGAUCAUCACCGAGACAAUAACGAAAGUGGACCUGAAAUCCAAACCGUUUCGAUUAUGGAGAGAAUACGAAGAUGGAGAUACAGAUGAACCUGCUCACACCGCAGACGCAGUAAUUAUUGCCACGGGCGCUAAUGCUAGAAGAUUACAUCUACCGGGAGAAGAGACGUACUGGCAAAACGGGAUAUCAGCCUGCGCAGUCUGUGACGGCGCCGUUCCCAUAUUCAGAAACAAACCUUUAGUGGUCAUUGGAGGCGGUGAUUCUGCGGCAGAAGAGGCGAUGUUUUUAACAAAAUACGGUUCUCACGUCACGGUGUUGGUGCGGAGAGACAAGCUGCGUGCCUCCAGGACGAUGGCAAAGCGAUUGCUCGCCAAUCCCAAAGUGACGGUUAAGUUUAACCAUGUCGCGGUCGAAGUCCAAGGCGAGAACAAGCCUCGAGGACUGAUGACACAUCUGAAGGUCAAGAAUGUCGUGACCAACGAGGAGGAAGUUAUGGAAGCAAACGGCCUCUUCUACGCUGUUGGACAUGACCCCGCCACGGCGUUGUUCAAGGGCCAAGUCGACACGGAUGAAGAUGGGUACAUUCUAACCAAACCGGGCACCAGUUACACCAGCAUCCCCGGAGUCUUCGCUGCGGGAGACGUGCAGGAUAAACGGUACCGACAGGCCAUCACGAGCGCAGGAAGUGGUUGCAUAGCUGCGCUCGAAGCCGAGAAAUAUCUUGCUGAGCUAGAAGAUGAAGAGCCUGCCAUUCAAAAGGAGAAAGACGCCAAAAAGCCAGAGAUCAAUGGUGAAAAUGCGCCUGAGUAUCGAUCAAAUCCCCUGUUGUGA